CCCGCUUAAAAAGUUGGACUUUCACUAUAAAUGUCUGGAAAUUCCAAAAUCCAUUUUCAAUAGUGUAUUGCACAGACAUCAAGGCAUUUAUUUUCUCCUUUGCAUCAUUUACUAUCCUUUCUCUUUCUCUUUCUCUUUCUUUCGUUUUUUUUCUCCAACCCAUUUGUACAUUUCCAAACUUUAUAUUAUAUUCAUAUUCAUAUAUUAGGAAAUUCCUAUUGUUCGAUGACUUCACUUCAAACAGAGGCCCCUUCACAAAGUGGCCCGACAAAGGCAUUGCCUGGGUCAAGGCGGACAAACAGCUCCCCGAUGACAAUUGUGGACAAAGUGCGCUUCUUCAUUUUUGCCGUAUUUUUCAUCGGCCACUCGGCGGUGCUCAACAUCUGCCAGAUGGCUGUGUGCCCCUGGCUCAGUCUGCUAUCCCCAGUGAAUAACCGCAGGUUUAACCAGUAUAUCGACGAGGGCAAUACCAGCAGUAGUAGCAACGCAGCAAUGAGAAAUAUAAGCAGCAGUGUCGAUAGCAGUUGGUUUGCGCCAGCAAUAGAGCAUGGCUGCAUGCUCAUCAGCAAUCACCAGACGUACUUUGACUGGAUAAUUAUCUGGAUGCUCGGCUACAUGUGCCAAUGCGACGGAUACAUCAAGAUUAUCCUUAAGGCCGAGCUCAAAAAAGUGCCGCGCAAGUGGGCAGAUGACCAAAAGACAUUUAAAAGUCACAUGCAGCGUAUUGUCGACCACAAAGACCCGUCAUGGCUGCUCAUCUUCCCCGAGGGCACGGUUCUGUGCGACAAGCGUAUUGCCAUUUCGGACAGCAUGUUCUGCCUGAACCAACUGCGUGGGCGCAUCCCGUACAUCUACGACCUCACCAUCGGCUACGAGGGCCUCAAGAAGGGCGACAUCCCGGAGGACGAGUACGGGCUAGUUAGCAUGUAUGGCAAGUGCGUGUACCCGAGAGAGGUCCACAUCCACGUCAAGCGGUAUGCUGUCGAGGACAUCCCCAUUGAUGAGGAGGGAUUCAGCAGGUGGAUGCAUAAGGUGUUUGUCGAGAAGGAUAUGCGCAUGGCCAAGUAUUAUGAACUCGGCCGAUUCCCGCACGAUCACUCUGAGGACAGUUCUAUCCCCGCGGAUGAGCCUGUGCUACGGGCUGUCCAGGAUGCCAAGGCUAAAUACCCGACUGCCGAGUUUGUAUUUAUGUGGGCGCAGAUUCUAGCCAUUCUUAUCCCCGCGCGCUAUGUUUUGCGCUUUGCGCUUUCGAAAGCAUCGGCUUUGUUGGCGGGUCUGUUUUGAGACCCUGCACUUUGACGUUCAAUGCGGCAUAGACUUUCUUAUUGAUAUUCGUCGCUUACACAAGCAU